CCGAAACAUAAACCUAAAAAACGCAGCGUUCAAAAAAAGUUUAUUCUUUUUGUGCCGCGAAAGCAGUUGCGAAAUUUCCAAAAUCCUUUUUCCAAUUCAAUUCCUUUUUAACAACUCUUUCAAAUCUGAUAUUAAGAUCCAAAUUACAGCGCCAGUAGCUGUAACGGUUAAUUCCUUGCUCAAAUUUUCUUCAAUUUUCCUCCCCCCCCCCUUAUUUUCUGGAAAUUUCUUGGAUUGUUUUAGUUUUAAGAAAAAUCCGAUCCUUUUAUUGUGUUUUGAAAUAUUCCGGUUUUCAAAUUCUGGGUUUUCAGGGUUCUUUUGAAAGCAUGUAUCCUUUAGGGUUUUUAAAAACCCUAGCCUCUCAAAUCUGUUUCCAUGGUUUUCUCUAAAUGGGUAUUGUGGUUUUAGGGUUUAAAGUUCGCAAAUUUCAUCAAUGGGAGCUUUAGCAAGUAAUCGUAAACGCUAUGGUGAUGAGUGCUUCAAUUCCAAUUUCUGUCACAAAAAGAAAUCCCCAUAUUCAAAUUCCCCAGAAUUCCAACUUUCUAAAAAGCCCAGGCUUUCUUUGAUGAAUGAAAGCCCAGAAAAAGCAAAUUUAUCUUCCAACAGCACCGUCUUGAGAAUCUCUCGUUACCCAGAAGCUAAGGUUUCUUUCCCUAGAGAAGUCCACGCCCCUGUCAGACGCCUUAAAUUUGGGUUGUCAGCUUCAAAGCCUGGUCAGGAUUCGGUUGAAAGCUAUAUGGGAAAUUUUUUGAGUAGUAGAUUAAGUGAUGCUAGAAGGCAAGCAUGGGGUGCUUUGAGGCACUUUAAGAAGGAAAAAGAAGUUAUCUUUGUGGAGGAUGAUGAGGAGAAAGAAAAAGGGUUGGUUUCAGAUGAUGUUAGUGUUGAAGAAGUUGAGCUUAUUGAGAAAGGAAAGAAUAAUGUGGAGGAAGAGAGGCAUUUUCAGCCUUCAUCUUCCUCUGCUGUUACUGAGUUGAAUAAUGGGAGUUUAAGAAUGGAGAGUUCAUUGGAUAUGUUAUCAUUAAGGGAGGUUUCUAAUGGGUAUGAUUUAGAAGCUUAUAGGAAGUUGAUUGAGAGUGCAGAGAGGAGAAGUUCCAAGUUGAAAGAUUUGGGUUUUCAAAUUGAGUUGAACGAGAAGCGUAUAGCUGGGCUUCAGGCAUUGCGACCUGAGAAGAAACCGGAGGAGGAGCAACACGAGGUGUUACCUACCGAACCUUUUAUUCCUCUUACAGAAGAAGAGAUGGCUUUGGUUUCUCGUGCGUUAUCUGUGAAAAACUGGAGAAAGGUAUUAGUCUCUCAUGAAAACUCGAGCAUUGAUAUUAGAGGAGAAAUUUUGCAAUGUCUGAAACCAGGCGCUUGGUUGAAUGAUGAGGUCAUUAAUCUGUAUCUCGAAUUACUGAAAGAACGGGAAAACAGGGAGCCGAAGAAGUUUCUGAAAUGCCAUUUCUGCAAUACCUUCUUCUAUAAAAAGUUAGUGAAUCCGGAGAGUGGCUAUAAUUAUAGAGCUGUCAAAAGAUGGACUUCACAAAGGAAGCUGGGUUACUGCCUAUUGGACUGUGAUAAAAUAUUUGUCCCCAUACACAAAGACAUACAUUGGUGUUUGGCAGUUAUCAAUAAGAAAGAUCAGAAGUUCCAAUAUCUUGAUUCACUAAAAGGAAGAGAUCCUCAUGUGCUGAGAGCACUGGCAAAGUACUUCGUUGAAGAAGUGAAGGACAAGAGUGGGAAGGACAUUGAUAUAAGUUCUUGGGAACAAGAAUUUGUUGAAGAUCUUCCUGCACAGGAGAAUGGGUUUGAUUGUGGCAUGUUUAUGUUAAAAUAUAUCGACUUCUAUAGCAGAGGCUUAAGUCUUUGUUUUGAGCAGGAACACAUGCCCUAUUUUCGUUUAAGGACCGCCAAGGAAAUUCUGAAACUGAAAGCUGAUUGAUCGGAUGUGUAUGCCGGCUUUCAUCAACUACUUUCGAAGGCCAUACUAGGAAUUGAAAUGGUGUGCAAAGAGAUUGCUUCUUCUGAUCUGAUUUUUCGAUAUAAAUACUGGACAAAGUAUGGAUAUUUCGUACAAAAGGUGAAAGCAGUUAAAUAUAAAAUGCCAGCCAUGAGAUUGCAGGGCAGCAGACCAUUAUGAAAAAAGGGUUGUGUUUGACUGGAAGUAAUAGGUGUUUUUGUUUAUAUAUUUUCCAUAUUAGUAACCAUAAGAAUGUCUCUUUCUUUUAACAUCUUCAUUUCUCUCUUUGUAUAUCAGUUCUGCCUGGUUUUUGUUGUGGCUUUUUAAGAUUUUCCCAUUCUUCUCUUCUUUUUAUUGGUCUGUUGAAGAGUUAUUUUGACCUUCUUUGGUAAAAUGGAAGAUGCUUUAAUAUGUUUCCUUGGGUGGGUUAGAAUAAAAGGAAGUGGUAGUUGCUUUUGUGUU